AUGGUCACCGGUAGCUCUGGCACAAAUCGCAUGCUCGGGAUGCCACACAUCAAAGAAAUGAUUUACGAGAAUCGGAAGACAUACGCUGAAAAACACGGGCUCGAAUUUAUGUGGGCCAACAUAACGAGCUAUAACUUGUCUAAUGGCGCGCCAAUCUAUUGGAAUAAGAUCCCUAUUUUGAAGGAAGCCUUCGAGCGUCACCCCGAUGCCGAAUGGGUGUGGUGGAUGGACAUGGAUAUCAUAAUCAUGAAUAUGACACUCAGCGUCUAUGACCACAUCCUUUCUAAGGCAGGAUUGGCGCGCAAUAUCCUGCUCGAUCACGAGAUGAACGGCGCUGGCGGCGGCAUGACUGGCUUCAGCACCCCGGCUUCCUACAAGCACGACGAUAUCAAUCUCAUUAUCUCACAGGACUCGUGGGGCGUGAACGUGGGCAAUUUCCUGAUGCGCCGGGGCGACUGGAGCAAGUGGUUACUCGAUAUGUGGACUGACCCCCUGUACAUCGCUCAGAACUGGAUAUUUCCAGAGCAGGAUGCUUGGAAGCAUAUGUGGCAGUACCACGACAUCGUACGUGGUCAUGUGGCGAUUACGAACCAGCACUCCUUGAACGCUUAUCCGGAAUACAAUGCGCUGGGAGAGCACUGGCAGCCCGGUGACCAUCUUAUUCACUUUGCGGGCUGCGGUGGCGACGCUAGCUGCGAGGAACAAUGGAAGAAGUAUUGGAAUUUGCGCGAGAAAGUUGACGUGCCGAUAUCCGUGCUCACGAAGUUGGAAAAUGGCACGGCUGAGAUUGAGAAUAUUCAGGCGGGGGUUGGACUGCCCUGA